AGAUUAAAUGAGUGUCCAAGUAGGAAAUUGGGCCUUAUUGAGAGCUAUUGGGCUUCAUGUAAUACUUUUAUGGAUUUCGUCCAUUAUUACUGAUCCAUCAACGACCAAUAGUCACUCACUAUACGGCUCCGUCUCCGAAAUCUGAAGGCUGGCUUUGUUGACAAGCCACCAUUUUGUAGCGUUUUCUUUUCUACUUCUCCUGUUCAUCCCAACCUUCCCCGGCAGCCCUAAAUUCACCGUCGCCUGAACGCAGGUUACUUUAUUCAGGUUUUACUAGUGCUGCUACACCAGAUUGGGUAAUUAUAUUCCUGAUUUCCGUAAUGGCUGCGAGACUCCUUGCAAACUUAGUUGUCAUAAGUGCGGGAGUAAUGGUAAGGGCCUUUGCGCAGGCAUAUCGCCAAGCUCUCACAAAUGCGUCAAAAAAUGGUGUCGCUCAAGAAGCAGUACAAAACAUUAGAAGAGCAAGUAAAGCUAUGACAGAGUCUGAGGCUAGGCAAGUUCUUGGGGUUGCAGAGAAUACGUCGUGGGAAGAAGUGGUGCAGAAGUAUAACAAUUUGUUCGAGAGUAAUGCUAAAAAUGGAAGUUUUUAUCUUCAAUCAAAAGUUCAUAGAGCAAAAGAAUGCCUAGAAUCACUUUACCGAAGUAAAGCAGAGGGCCCAAAUUAGUUCUUCGGAGUUCCUGCAGCAUUGCAGCUAGAGAAAUUCUGGGCUCUUGGAAGGAGUAUUUUCAGUAAAAGGGAAUUGCACUCGACCAGCAGCAGAUGUUUUCCUGCAAUGUUGCAUACGUAAUCGAUCAUCAAUUUUGGCCCAUGGGAGAGAAGCUUUUAAAUUAGUAAAACUUACAUAAAUCCCUGCAUGUUUACCUACGGAUGUGCGUCAGUCGGUUCGGUUCGGUUCGAUUUUGAGUAUUAUCAGUUCGGUCAACAAGCUAAAUAAAUAACCAAACCAAUAAGAUAUUGGUUAUCGAUUUUGGUCUUUAACGGUUUGGUCUAUCGGUUUAAUCGAUAAGAAAAUGCUUCUGUUAUUA